AGCGGCGGCGGCGGCCCAGAGCCCAGUUCGCCCACUCCCUCCGGUUGCCCUGAGGACUCCGCCAACUCUACCUGCGGCGCCGCUGCCUCCGGAACCGACCGCCUCCGCCGCUCCAGUGCCCGCAGCCCGCCCACUCCCUCCGGUUGCCCUGAGGACUCCGCCAACUCUCCCUGCGGCGCCGCUGCAUCCGGAACCGACCGCCUCCGCCGCUCCAGUGCCCGCAGCCCGCCUGCUCUCGGCAGCUCUUCGUCCUCGUCUCAGGCCGUGCGGCAAGAGCCCUAGGUCAGCCACUGCUUGUUGGUAAGCCCCAGCAGCUGCAGCCCCCCUUCACCCUGUCCUCCUGUAAUGGUGAUUCGGAGUUGCUCUUCUUGUCUCUGUGGAUUCAUUUCCAGAGCGGUGUGGAGGAGGCACUACCCCCUCUUGUCUCCCAGGCCGUCUGCACCGCCGUCCGCCCACUUCUCCUCCUCCCCCCGGCGCUCCACCAAGAGAGCUGCCGCAAGGCCGCCAAUGGACUCCGCCGGCGAGCCCUUCUAUGUCAUACGCAAGGGGGACGUCAUUGGCAUCUAUAAGACCCUCAGCGACUGCCAAGCUCAAGUGAGCAAUUCGGUAUGUGACCCUUCUGUCACUGUCUUCAAAGGUUAUUCUCUGCGUAAAGAAACUGAGGAAUAUCUUGCUGCGCGCGGGUUAAGAAACGCUCUCUAUUCCAUUGAUGCAGCAGAUGCAAGAGAUGAAUUGUUUGGUGAUCUGGUUCCCUGCCCUUUUCAGCAACCUGAUGGAACUGCAAAGUCUACUUUGAAAAGGUCACAGGAGAUGGAAACUGGGCCAUCAACGAAGCAUCCCAAAGUUGCUGAACAGGAACCAUUACCUGAUAGUCAUCUCUCUUGUAUUCUUGAAUUUGAUGGUGCCUGUAAAGGAAAUCCUGGAAGAUCAGGUGCUGGAGCCAUAAUAAGACGAUUAGAUGGAUCUGUGAUUGCUCAACUACGUGAGGGUUUGGGUAUUACAACCAACAACGCUGCUGAAUAUCGUGCAUUGAUCUUGGGGCUAAAAUAUGCUUCCAAGAAAGGAUUCAAGUAUAUUCGUGCUCAAGGCGAUUCUAAGCUUGUCUGUAACCAGGUCCAAGAUCUCUGGCGUGCUAGGAACGAUAAUAUGGCUGACUUGUGCAAGAAAGUUAAGGAACUAAAGGGGAUGUUUCAUUUAUUUCAAAUCAACCAUGUUUUGAGGGAAUUUAACGCAGAUGCCGAUGUUCAAGCUAACUUUGCAGUUGAACUUCCUGUUGGUGAAGUUCGAGAGCAAUCAAACUUCCCGUGCUAGUAGCAAAGAAGACUUGAGAGUAGGGCGAUUGGCGUGAAAUUCACAGUUGAUCUGCGUGAUUACAGGCUGCAGUUGAGGUACUCAGUUAAGUCCAGUGCAGCCCGAGGAAAUGAAUCGUCUCUAAUUUUUUUGGAUAGUGCAGAACUUGAACUGUGAGUCGGGCACUACUGUUGCUGGUAUGAUGUGGCCUAUAUGUGCAAUGUCUGUAAGAUUUGAAGUACCGUUACUAUCAAAAUGAAGAGAGAGAUCCCUAGAUUUGGUUGGUAUUUAAUUGGUCAA